AUGGCUUCGAAGAUUGUAAUCGUGAUUGUGUUCAUCCUCGAUCUCAUCGCCGUUGGGUUAGCUAUCGCCGCCGAGCAGAGAAGAAGCGUCGGCACGGUUGUAACGGACAAAGAGAAGACGUAUGAGUACUGUGUGUAUGGCACUGACAUUGCUACAAGCUAUGGAGCUGGUGCGUUCGCGCUUCUCUUUAUAAGCCAAGUCAUUAUUAUGGCGGCUAGCCGUUGCUUCUGCUGUGGAAAAUCCCUUAACCCCGGCGGUUCAAGAGCGUGUGCCAUUCUUCUCUUCCUCCUUUGCUGGGUGUUUUUCUUGAUUGCUGAGAUAUGUUUGCUUGCGGCAUCAAUCAGAAACGCGUACCACACAAAGUACAGAAAGAUGUGGAACAUUGAAACUCGGCCGAGCUGUGAAGUUAUAAGGAAAGGAGUUUUUGCAGCUGGUGCUGCAUUCACUCUCUUUACCGCUAUCGUCUCUCAGUUCUACUACGUUUGCUACUCUCGUGCUCGUGAUGCUUACCAGAAUCCGUCAUACUAA